UUUUUUCAUCACAUUGGCGGAAAUGGGCUUCCAUACUAAUUGCAUGACUAACUGAUAUGCAAAAGAAUACAAGCGAAAUAUGUGUUGUGCUUAGGGUGGAAAGCAAGUUGUGCUUCCCGCGAUUCCCGCCUCUCACUACCCCGCUGCUUUGGAUAUGUGACUCUGUCAAAUUAGCACUUGAUUCUCAGCAGCAAAGUGAGAUUAAAAUGGGCUACUUAAAACAAAUUGAUAUUGAAAACUUCAAGUCAUGGCGAGGGAAGAAAGUCAUCGGUCCGUUCAUGCGAUUUAAUUGUAUAAUUGGCACAAACGGCUCUGGCAAGUCCAAUGUGAUGGACGCCCUGAGCUUUGCCAUGGGGGAGCGGGCUGCCUCUCUCCGGGUAAAGCACCUUAAGGACCUGAUACAUGGAGCCCACAUCGGGCGGCCGGUGCUCGACACCGCCCGCGUGGCGAUGCGAUACUGCGAUGACGACGACCAGGAGACCGUCUUCUGUAGGAGCAUCAUAGGUGAAUCCUCUGAGUAUCGCAUCAAUAGUGUACAUGUCUCUUUGGCCAAAUACAUGGAGGAGCUGGAGAAGGUCGGCAUUGUGACCAAAGCUCGAAACUGUCUGGUGUUCCAGGGCGCAGUGGAGUCCAUAGCUCUGAAGGACCCAAAGGAGAGGACCAAGAUGUUUGAGUGCAUAAGUCAGUCAAAAGAGUAUGCUGCAGAGUAUGAUCAGAAGAAACGGGCCCUGCUGAAGGCCAAAGAGGACACACAGUUUCACUUCAACAAGAAGAAAUCUGCUACUGUCGAGAGGAAACAGGUGUCCCAGGAAAAAAUAGAGGCCCAGAAGUACCAGGCACUGUUGGACGAACUUCACCACAACCGCCUGCAGCUGAGCCUGCUUGAGCUCUGCCAUAAUGAGAAGGGCACCAACACUCUCAGCGACACCCUGAGGGAGAAACAGCAGGCUGCAGCUGCUAAGAACAAUAAACUGGUGAAUGCGGAGCAAACGGUCAAAACCUACAAGAAAGAACAUGGACGUUUCAGCAGAGAGCAGCAGCACAUAGAGAAGGAGAUCCGUGCCCAGGAGCAUAUCCUGUCCCAUUGUCGAUCCCAGUACAUCAAAGCCAAGGUAAACACCUCCCAUCACAUGAAGAAGGCUGAGGAGGCCCGCGAUGCCCUGAGGAAGAGCCAGAAGCUGAUAGCUAGUAAAGAGCGGGAGCUAACAGAGGCACGGCAGGAGAUCUCUGAACUGGAAAGGACCUGGAAGAACUAUGAGAAGCAGAUACAGGAGAAGGGAGCCUCCCUGGGGAGAGACGUCGAGCUGGAUGAGGAUCAGGUUUUUGCAUUUCUGCCACAGUUAGAGCGAUACAAAGAGCUGAAGGAGCUGGCCCGAAAGCAAGGGGCUGUCCUCAACCAGCAGGCAGAGAAACUGCACUGGGAGGUGAAAGCCGACUACGAGAAGAUGGCUUUCGACCAGCGCCGUAAGAAGGAAGUGGAGGUGGCCAUCAGGAACAGCCAGACUCAGCUGGAAGAUUUGACACGCAGAGCAGAGAAGCUAGAGGAGUACACCACCUCCUGCAAGUUGUCCCUUGAAGAGUACCUUCAGCGGGAAGAGAGCCUGAGUGCAGAGCUGCAACAAGGCCGCCAGCGAAGCGAGGAGGUGAACCAGGAGCUGGGCCAGGUGCUAGAGGAGCUGGGUAACGCCCGUCUGGACAGUCAGGAAAGCAGACGACAGCUGCAGCGCAAAGAGCUGCUUGAGAGGCUCUGCAGACUUUACCCUGACACUGUGUUUGGUCGUCUUUCUGACUUGUGCAGCCCCAUCCAUAAAAAGUACCAGCUGGCUGUCAUCAAGGUGUUUGGCCGCUACAUGAACGCCAUUGUAGUGGCCUCAGAGAAAGUGGCCCGUGACUGUAUCCAUUUCAUCAAGGAGGAGCGAGCCGAACCUGAGACCUUCCUGCCUAUCGACUACUUGGAAAUAAGUCCUCUGAAUGAGCGUCUGAGGGAGGUCCCCGGUGCCAAGAUGGUGGUCGAUGUUGUACAGUUUAACACUGCCUCAGUUGCCGCCCAGCUGAGGAAAGUGGUGCAGUUUGUCUGUGGCAAUGCGUUGGUGUGUGAGACCAUCAAAGAAGCAAGGAGUGUGGCCUUUGACAGGCAGGAGCGCAAUAAGGCGGUAUCUCUGGAUGGGACGCUGUUUUCAAAGUCAGGGACUGUCUCUGGAGGCUCCAGUUACCUUCGAACCAAAGCCCGUUGCUGGGAUGAGAAGGACAUGAUGCGGCUGAAGGAACGCAAGGAUCAGCUGACAGCAGAGAUGCGCGAUUUGAUGAAGCUGAGGCGGAAGGACUCAGACCUGAAACAGAUCAUUGCUGAGGCUCAGGGCCUUCAAACCCGCCUCAAAUACUCCAAAACCGACCUGGAAAACCUUCGGAAGAAAGCCAUCCCUAAAUACCAAGCGGAUAUUUCUCGUAUGGAGAGUGAAUUAGCAAACUUGGACUCUCAGAUCCAGAUGCAGCAGGAGAGUGUGGAGGCAAAGGAUUCAGAGAUGAGGAAAAUCAGAGACCAGAUCAACCAGAUGGAGGACUUAGUGUUUUCUGACUUCUGUGCUGAGAUCGGUGUGGACAACAUCAGAGAUUACGAGCAGGAGCACCUAAAACAGCAGACAGAGCUUGACAAGAAGCGGCUGGAGUUUGAGACUCAGUGCACUCGCUUAAAUGCACAGCUGGAGUACAAACAAGACCAACUGGCGCAGCAGAAGAAGAAGCUCCACAAAAUGGAGGAAAUCAUCGACAAGGAGGACAGAACCAUGGCUGAACAGAGGAAGGAUGAGGAGAAGAUGCUGGUGGCGGUGGAAGAGGGUCAGAGCAAGCUGCUGGAGCUAAAGAAACAGAUGUUGUCUAAGAAGAGCCAGGUGGCUGCUUCCAAAGCUGAGCUGGACAAGAAAACCCAGAGCCUCCAAGAGAUCAACAGAGAAUUGGUGAAGCUUCAGCAGGAGGCUUUGUCUGUAGAGACGGCCUUGGAGCAAAAACGCAUAGCCAGACACAACUUACUGUUGGCCUGCAAGAUCCAGGGUCUGCCCAUCACUCUGCUGUCAGGGAGCCUCAAUGAAAUCAGUGAGGUGCAGCUGGACACAGAAUCUGAAAGUACUUCAGCCACCAUGAGCUUCUAUGAGAGAGAGGCACAACUAGUCAUCGACUACUCUGGCCUUGAUGCAGAACUCAGAAGUCUGCAGUCAGACGAGGAGGUGGAGGCCUACGUGGGGCGGCUGAAGGAGUCCGUGUCUUCCAUUGAGGGAGUGCUGCAUCGCACCACUACCCCCAACCUGAAAGCUUUGGAAAAAAUGAGGGAGGUGAAGGAGAGGUUACAGGGAGUAACAGAUGCGUUUGAUGCCAGCACCAGAGCAGCAAGAAAAUGCAGUCAGAAGUUUGAGCAAGUCAAAGCCCGUCGCUUACAACUCUUCAACCAGUGCUUUGAACAUGUGUCUAUCGUAAUCGAUCAGAUCUAUAAAAGAAUAUGCAGGAACAGCAGCGCCCAGGCCAUUCUGAGUGCAGAUAACCCUGAUGAGCCGUACCUCGGUGGCAUCAACUACAACUGCGUGGCGCCGGGAAAACGCUUCAUGUCCAUGGACAAUCUGUCUGGUGGAGAAAAGGCCAUCGCUGCCCUCGCCCUGUUGUUUGCCAUCCACAGCUUCCGCCCUGCUCCCUUCUUCAUCUUGGAUGAGGUGGAUGCAGCCCUGGACAACACUAACAUUGGCAAGGUGACUAGUUUCAUCAGAGAGGAGUCCAGGGAGAACAUGCAGAUCAUUGUCAUCUCCCUGAAGGAGGAGUUUUUCUCCAAGGCCGACGCUUUGCUGGGAGUCUACUCAGAUUUUGAUGAAUGCAUGUUCAGCCGCAUUCUGUCCCUGGACCUGCGACCCUACCCUUUGGUUGAAGAAGACAACGGGAAACAGGCGGACAAGUAGAAGACAGGACUGUGUAGCCUGGAAUCACCUGCUAUAAUGCACCCUUCAUGUAUGUCUCUUGCAUUUUUGUUCUUUGGCCAUAUGAGUGGUUCCAGUGUUUUUCAUCUUUAGACUAUAUGAACAGGAAAGAUAGUUAUCUUAAACACCAAAUGGUGAUUUCUAUGUUCCAUUUUAAGAUGUUUUACUAACUAGAUUUUACUUAAAAGAUAAGACAGUUUUGGAGCCGGUUCUGUUUAUAGCUACUUACCUGUGAAAAAUCUUGCAAAUUUGGUCAAUAACAAGAUCCACAAAGACAGCAGUGUUCUACGAAUUAUAACAUUUAAAUGGUUAGAUGGCAAAUACAACAGCAUGAAAAGAGAACUGUUCAUGUUUCUAAAUCUUGUUUGUCUCUAAUGUUUCAUGUUAAUUCCACAGUGAGAAAUAUUGGCAUAUUACGCCUUUGUUUUUAUACUUGUUCAUUUUACUUAAAAGUGUUUUGUAUUUCAGUUGUGCUUUUAAGUGUUACUUCUGUCCCGUUCAUUAAAUCUACAGUUAAAAAUGUA